ACUAGUAAGAGAACUCCAGGUAUUUCGCUUCUCUAAAACUGUACACUAUUUCAAGCAUUUACCAAAUUCGACAAUAAUGGACUUUUGUUUAUCUACUCGCCUAUUUAGGAGGACUUAGUCGUUUUCGGAUUUGUAAUGUCGGAAAUCGGAGCAACCAACGCCGGGUCCUCGGAGACAAAUCCACGACGGACCCAGACGGCACCGAGAGGAUUUGGUGAUCGUGGGCAUUGUGGUCCUGUUAAUAGUAUCACAGCCCGUAUAAGUCAACCAAUGUCAAGCUACGAUGUCCUCCUCGAACUUCACAUAUCUAAAGCAACGCUCACUGAAAGUCUCCGGUGUAGAUCAUGUAAGCGACAGUACGAAGAAUUAAUUGGAAAUACAAAGUCAUGUUAGUGACGGAACUCUUAUCAUUCGUAUUUAAAGGGGGUACAUUCUUCAAUUCAAGAUGUUGCUUCUCGUGCUGUGUUGUGUUGUGUCUCAUUUCCGAUCUGAGACAAUUCCCGACUAACCAGAUAUACAAAACUACGUACUCAAAUUCUGCCCUUUCUCCCUACUAAUUUACACAAUGCCUCCUCCAUUGAGUAAACUCAUAUACCAAGGGUACAUGAAAUUGUUCCCGAUCCCACUUCCGCCGCCAGGAAGUUUUAAGGACCAAAUCGCUGUUGUGACGGGUGGUACGAGUGGCUUAGGGUUAGCGACAGCUGUUCACUUCAUCAAUCUCGGCGCCACUGAGGUCAUCAUCACGAGUCGGGACUCGACCCGAGCCAAUGCUGCUCUCGCAACGAUCGAAAAGGAGACGGGUGGGAAAAGUAAAGGUCGCAUCCGCGUUUUAGACCUUGAUAUGAACCGUUAUGUCUCGGUUGUGGCCUUCGUGAAGGAGCUUAAGAAAGUCCGACAAGGCGGGGGUGGCGUCGACCAUAUUGUCUUGAAUGCUGGACUCGCUGGUGUGGAUUUUAAGAUAGCGGAUGAAGGCUGGGAGCAAAAUGUCCAAGCAAACGCCUUGUCCACAGCCCUCUUGGCUAUUCUCUUGCUCCCAUGGCUAAAAGCCGAACGCGCCAAUCGUUCGUCGCCCGCACACCUAGCUAUAGUCGGUUCAUCACGACACCAAGAUGUCAACAUCGAAGACUGGAAGAAAUGGGAGGCGGAAACCGGUAUCCUAAACCACUACAACAAGCCCGAGAACUGGACUUCGCCGGAUGACAUGUACGCGGCAACAAAGCUCAUGGUCCAUUAUGCCAUCGACGAGCUCGUGAAAAUGGCAUUGGGACCUGAUAAACGCCCUCAGGUAGUCAUAAAUACAAUGUGCCCGGGCCUAGUCUCAACAAAUCUAGCAAGAUACCACAAGGCGAAGGGAGCAGUGAUAGCAGUGGUGGCCGGCAUAUUCAUGGGGCUUUUCGGAAAGUCACCGGAGAACGGCGCGAGGACGUAUCUUGCAGCAUGCCUUACAAAGGAGGAAGAACAUGGGAAAUUCAUCCGGUUUUAUGGCACAGAAGCUGAGUAUUGGAAGCUAGAAGAAAUAGUCCUAACUGGCGAAGUCGGGAGGAAGCUACAAGCCCAAGUUUGGUCGGAGAUGAAGAAUGAAUUCGUCGCUAAGGUUCCUGAGGCGAGGAAAGUUUUAGGUGUAUGAUCUCUAGGUUGGACAUAAUCGAUUGAUAGGAAGGCCUAAGAAUAGUGAACGUCGUCUUAUUUUGAAGACGUGUUAGUUGAUCAUAGUUGAUCAUAGAUGAAGAUCGUGAUAUCUUUUACAGAGUAUAUGUUAAAGUCUCCUUAGAGGAUUAUUUUAGAGCGAU